AGUGACGUGAGUGCUUGCGGAAGCAGAGCGUGGAAUGUUGGUACAUUGUUGUUGUUUUGUAGUUAAUUUAGUACGAGGAUACGCCGCUGCCCGUCUGUGCUGGACGCUUUUUACCAACUUUGUCAACUUACUUCACCGGUUGUCGAGGAAACAUACUUUGACAGUUUUACGCACUCCGGUCCACAGAUAUCUGCGUCCACAGAGUGUCUUCUGUGAGAUUCUGGUCAUUUGUCUUCAUGCAGGGAAUGACGACUACUUUUAAGACGAGCAAAGCUUUAAAGGUCAAGAAGGAGGUGGGUGAGAAUGCCCCUGUGCUCAGCGAUGAUGAGUUGGUUGCCAUGUCUGUGCGGGAGCUCAAUCAGCACCUGCGUGGGCUCACCAAGGAGGAUGUUGUGCGAUUGAAGCAGCGACGGCGGACCCUGAAAAACCGCGGCUAUGCCGCGAGCUGCCGCAUCAAACGUGUUACCCAAAAGGAGGAGCUGGAGAGACAAAAGACCGAGCUGCAGCAGGAGGUGGACAAGCUGGCACGUGAGAAUGCCAGCAUGAGAUUGGAGUUGGAUGCGCUGCGAGCCAAGUAUGAGGCUUUGCAGUGUUUCGCCCGGACUGUGACCAGAGGGCCUCUCUCACCAGGCAAAGUUGCCCCCACCAGCGUCAUCACCAUCGUCAAAUCUGCCAGCCAAAACAACUCCAGCCCAUCCGCUUUCUCAGCACCUUCCUAGUGUUGACAGGACUGGGCUCUCCUUUGCCUGCCUGGUCCUUCCUAUUUCUGACCUGGUCUGAACCCACUCAUCCCACACUGAGACGAGGCUCGGUAGUUAGACUGAGGGGUGGCCGGGGUGGCAAGCUCUAUGUGAUGUUAUGCUGCAUUCACAAUUCUGUCUCCCUCUAUUUGUCUCUUUUACACAAUCUACAUUGUCUGUGCACUGUGCAAACCCCCUCCCUGACACCCAGCACCGGCAGGUUAUCGGGCCUCUGUGACCCUACCUCCAUGACUGACAGCAGAGAUUUGCUUUUACUCAAAUUUCAAGUAUUUGACACGCCUUAAUGUGGCAGCACAUGGUCUGGGACACCUCUCAUACUUUAUGAUGUAAAGAAUAAAAUACGACAGGUUUAAAGUAACGCAUAUGAGACAGUAUGGAUACUUUUAAAGCCUUUGCCAAAUCACAUUUUCUUUGUAUAAAUAUUAAUGAGCUUCUGUGUCUGUUGCCUUGAAUAGUUCUACAUGUGAUCUAUGCUAUAUCUCACAUGUAUUUUAACACAGAGGUGAUAUCUUUCCACUUUGAGGUCAAAUAGACACUUCUUCAAGGCCACAGUUAUCAGAUGCCUUUGAAAGCUAGCCAAACAAGGCACCGGAAACUUAUAUGCUUAGCACUUUUAAGAGGUGCUAAGCAGUAAAGUCACUUGAUUGAGUGUUUGAGUAACAUGAAAUUUUAUGUAGAAAUGGUUCUGAGGGAUCUUUGGAUUAUACUGUUGACAACUGACCAAUGUUUAGCUAAAAAACUAUACUAGUCUUUUAACCAUGAUAACUAUAUAAGUAACUUAUUUAGAAAGCAAUACCAGUACAGUUCAGAGAAGUUUGAAUGAUCCAGUAAAGUUGUUUAUAUACAGCUGAAAGCGAUCUAAUCUGGCAGUUUUGAAGAAACACCUUAAAUUAAUAUUUAGAAAGAGUUAAAAUCACCCAUUACGAUAGAAUUUAUCUUUGUUGGACUGGACUGUUUCCUUAUACAAUAUUCUAAAAAGUGCCAUUUGUGCCUUCAUUCCUCCUACUGGCAGUUGAGAAAAGACAUGUCUGAGUACCGUCAGAUUUCAGAAAGGGUUCCGAUCUCUCUUGUCAACUACAUUCUAGUUGACAGAUAGCUGAAAAGUACUGUUACGUUAUGUUGUCAAAGACAGUGUAGGCAGUUGGAGCUGUUGCAUGUGAUUGCAAUUGUGUGUAGCCCCUUGACUCAGAAGUUUCUUGAUGUAUAUUGUAGAAAUUUUUUUUAAUUCUGUUUAAACGGUAAACUUGGUUAGACUAAAUUGUAAAACUGGAAAGUGAUUAAGGAACACGCGUUUGACAAUGGUGUCUUUCAUCAAAUAGCACUUAGAGAAGACUGUUAAGAUACAGUAAGUAAAAAAAAAAAUAAAAAUCACAGGGCCACUUGUUUAAAGAAGGAAGUUACGCUUGCAUUUCCGCAGUUACUGGAGCUUAACUAAGUGACAACAAAAUGUGGUCGAACCACUUACAGGAAAGUUGUGCCUAAUGUAACUAGUGAUAGUGAACUACAGUCUGCUGUGGCACUUACUGAGUGGUGUUUAAUCUCUUUUCUUUGUAUGCAACUCUUGGUAGGUAAUCCAUAUUGGAUAUAAUAAUAAUAAGAGCAGACCUUUUAAGUAUGAUGCAAUUCAAGUUACUUACUGUAUAUUACAGACUAGAGACGGCAAAGCUCCCACUGCUUCUGUUUUCCCUUAGAUUGAGAACUCCGUCCAAAUAGAAAUCAUUCCUAAUACUGGGUCACAAGAAGUGCUGCUGCCGGUGUUGGUAUUUCCGAAACAGUAACCAGUUACUUUUCUUUUGACACGCUCUUCUACAAGAGAACUCCUGACGCCCAUCUCUAGAAACUGUGGUGUCAAGAUAACUAAAUGCAGUAAAGACCUUGCUCUCAUUGUACAUUUUGUAAUAUUUAAAUAUGAAAUUCACUUGAAAUCGAGCUGUUCUUACCGAGAAUCCAUUCCCAAUUUGGAGUGAAGUCAAUAGAUUGUUCAUGUCAGGAUUUUCUCUUGGCUAAGAGGACAUGACUGUUCUUCCCCUGUUCCAUAGCUGCAAAGAACAGUAUGGGGAACUUUGCUGCUGUACAACCUGCUGUGAUUUAUAAGCAGGGGCAUUGCUGUGUUCUUACUCUCAUUUUGUAUUUUUCAUUUGGUUUGUGUCAAUACAGCCCAUGUUCUUUUUUUCCUGAUACUUAGUUUUAUAAGCAUAUACAUUAUAUAAAUAUACAUUAUAUAGUACAUAUUUUUCUAUAUUUAUGUCUUUUACUAUGCUGGGAGUGGUGUGAUUAUGUAAUCGGUCUUUGAAGUCUAAUUAUAUGGAUGCUGAACUUUUCUCUUAAAAAGAAAAAAAAAAAAGGAAAAAAAUAGUAUUCAAAUUUACAACGAGAGAACUAUUUUCGUAACUUAAGUCUUGUGAGUAUUUAUGGCCCAAGAAUAGUUCUUCUCAGCACAUUCACAAUGUAUCUAAUGCACGACUUGGACAGUAACUAGGGUUACAUGCAGGUUGCAGAUGACCAUCUGUAGAAGCUAUCAUAUUUUGUCAUGUCAAGUUUGAUCAUUUCGAGUGAAACACUGCCUAACAUUGAAAGUGCCUAAUUUCAAUCAAGUGUUCAGUUUGCAAAAUUUGCUUUUGGGCAGCGUUAACUGAGGAGUUAUCAAGAUUAUUGCAAAUAGAAUAUGAGGAAAAAUUGCUCUUAAAACAGAUCAACCUGCAUGCAAACCUAGUCCGCCCCUGCAGCCACUAAACCUGGUAUACUUUUCUAAAUAUGUCAAGUCAGAAAUUUCAAUGACUGCAAUGCUUUUGUAACUGCUUAACAAAAAACAAACAAAAAAAAGAACCCCAAAGCUGUUUUAGGACUGUUCACCCAGGCCCCUUACAGAUAAGGAAUGUGUCAAGCCUUGGACAAAUGAGUACAUAUUACCUGUUUACAUAACUUAUUUCUUGAGCACAUUCACCUAAAAGGCUUUGUGGCUAAAAGCAUUUUCUGCAUAGCAUUACAGUGACCUCUUGUGGUUUAGUUUCCAAGCAAAACUAAGCUACAUCAGGGCUUCUUUAAUUUUAGCACUUAUUACUGUAUUCGAGUCUGAGGUGAAUACUUUUUUAUGAGCACACCUAAAUAAUAAUUACCUGAGAAAAAAAAAAAAAAAAAAACAGUUUCAAAUUUUAAAGUAUAUAUUUAUGUAUAGUGCCUAAAUAAGGACAAACCUUCCUCUGGGUGAGUUAAGUUCUACAUUUCAGUACGACCUAGCAGAGAGUUUAUUCAUGCUCUUUUCUUAAGCUACCCAAAAAAGUCUAGCAGACACACAAGUUUAAAGAAGUUUAAAGAUGUAGAUACAUUAAUGUAGACAUGUUUAUGGGUGAAAAUAAAAAACCCUCCUGCCAUGGGUGAAUACAAACCUUGGUUUGAUCAGCUUUCUUUCUACAUUGAAGUAAACCGCAGUUAAUACCAAGGAGCAGUAAUAGAACUGAGAUCUUUUUUUAAAUCUUUCAUAAAAUAAUUAUAGCAAAUGCAUGUACAGAAAUGUGCAUGCUUGUAUAUCUUGAGUAAGCAUUCGAGGUGAUCAGCUGUCUUUGAUUAAAUAAGCUUCGACACACAAGCUUUGCCAGUCCUACAAGCUAUAGUAUUUAACUUUAGCCAUGUAGAAAGUCAGUUUUAAUUAUGUAAGAGUGGAGCAUGUAUACAGAUUAGGUGUGGCUAAAAUUAUGGAUGAAAUACAUUGAAUGUUAGUGUAACAGCAGCAACUUCUGCGUUUGUGAGUAUGAGAUAAAUGUCUUGAGGCUUAGAGUGACUGUCAAAUAGCAGUAAAAAGGCAGCAUAAAUUGAGUAUGUACCAUUCAUGACUUGUCAUUACUCUGCUCAUAUAUUUUAUAUUUAUUUCAAUGAUUUGUGUAAUUUUAUUAAAAAGAAAAAACACCUAAAUUAUUUUUACAUUCAUUUACAUGUUUUCUUAAUGAACUACCCUCAUGUACAAAUAAAAUCUAUGUUGUUUCUGCUCUUA